AUGGGCGCUGAGGCGGGCGGGCCGCGGGGCACCGCGCCGGGCCAGCAGCUCCGCGCCCUCUUCUACGCGCUGGCGCCCGGAGAGAGCUCCUUCCGAGCGGUGGAGGAGGUGCCCGACUACGUGGAGAAGAGUAUUCCAUUCUUCAUUACUUUCAUUGGGCUGGAGUUUGCUGUCAGCUGGAUUCAGAAGCGCAAGCUGCCGGGUCGGAUCAAUGAUGGGAUAAGUUCUCUUUCCUUGGGUAUCCUGUCCCGACUACCAGAUGUUUUGUUCAGAAGUAUUGAGUUAAUUAGUUACAUAUACGUGUGGAAUAACUACAGACUCUUUGAACUGCCCUGGGACUCUCCAUGGACAUGGUAUCUGACACUUCUGGGAGUGGACUUUGCAUACUACUGCUUUCAUCGCAUGAGCCAUGAGGUUAAUAUACUGUGGGCUGCACACCAAGUACACCAUAGUUCAGAAGAUUACAACUUAUUCACAGCCUUGAGACAAUCUGUACUGCAGAAAUACACCUCCUGGAUGUUCAACUUGCCCAUGGCUCUUUUCAUUCCCCCUUCGGUGUUUGCUGUUCAUUUACAGUUUAAUCUGCUUUACCAGUUUUGGAUACAUACAGAGCUUAUCACCAAACUUGGGCCUCUGGAAUGGAUACUUAAUACUCCCAGUCAUCACAGAGUUCAUCAUGGUAGAAAUCCUUACUGCAUUGACAAAAAUUAUGGUGGCACGCUCAUUAUCUGGGACAGGAUAUUUGGAACAUUUGAGGCUGAAGAUGCAAAAGUUGUAUAUGGCUUAACACAUCCAGUAAAUUCAUUUGACCCCAUCAUGCUCCAGUUACGUCCCUUGGCUCAUAUUUGGAACACGUUUUGGGCCACACCUGGAUUCUGCAAUAAGCUUUCUGUCAUAUUCAAAGGGCCAGGCUGGGGACCAGGCAAACCUAGACUUGGCCUUCCUGAGGAAAUCCCAGUGAUCACUGGAAAGGAAGUUCCCUUCAACCCACAUGUACCAGCUUAUCUUAAUUGCUAUGCACUUGUACAUUUUGCUGCAAUAGUGGACUUGUACAUCGAACUUCUUGCUUCUGUGACUAUGUUGUCACAGGGAGCAGUUCUCGUGAGAAUUGGCUUUAUCAUUCUGUCCCUGGCAUCUUUUGGACUACUUAUGGAGAACAAGUCCAAAGCAGGAAUUUUGGAAAUCAUCCGCUGUUUAGUCUUCAUAGGUGCUUACGAACUUGGCAACUUUAGGAGUCAUUUUUCCUUCUUGGGCUAUGCAUAUGAGUUGCCAGUAUAUAAAAAGAAUUGUAUUAGACUUGCUGGACCAGAUGAGCUCAACUGGACUCAAGAGAGGAGGGGCUGUUCUUGGAGGCUUCUCAGGUCUUGUUUUCCCUCUCUGCUGCAUUCUGGGGAAUCCAAAUUAUGAAGCGGAUCACUUCAUUCAAAGAUAAACACCACUGAAAGAGCAGAUCUAUCACCUUCAAUGUGGAAACAGCACUUCAGAAUAACCUUCUAAGUUUCUUGGAAUUAAUCAACCAUGAAUCAUGCUGUAUUGCAAUUAGUUCACUUAUAAUAUGAGAGAUUUGUGAUUUUCUAUGAAGGAUUGAAAGAUUCCUAAGGGAGUAUAAUAAUUUUAUUUGAUUUUUUUAAAGAAAUAUUUAAUUUCAUCACAUUUUAAAUAAAAUAUUCAUGCACAGCAUAGAUUUUUGCAUUCAUAGGAUUACAAAUUCUUCAAAACCAUGUAAAACUAUUUUAAUUUUUGCAGUGAUUUUGUUAGUAAUAAUAUGUGAAAAGUGUUUUUCACAAGAGGAAUAAUUAAAAUCAUAUCUGAUGUAACCUGGUAUAAAGUGAUUGACUGUCUCCUUAUUGAGGCUAAACAUAAACAUAUGUGAAUGUCAUUUCUUCUGUAAUGAUUGAAUUACACUAGAAUCUCCAUGUCAUGCCCAAUUCAGUGUUCAUAGCAUACAGCUACAUGAGGAUGAGUAGUUGAGGUAAGAAAAUGAUUAAAAACAGCAUGGUAAAAUAACUUGACCUAGUAUGAGUUGAAACAUCUUCAAUAAAAUUGUCUGAUGCGUGCGUUGUAUUAUGCAGACAUGCAGCUUAGGCUGAGUUAUUUACAGAAUACACCUGCAUUGCCAACUUCAGAGAGUGAUCAAACCAGGAUCUACACAUGGGUAUCCCACUGACACUCAUGUGACAAUAUAUUUGCGAGGCUGGGCCCUUAAUUUCUGGUAGUUUCCUGCUGGGUGAUGUCAGGGGAGAUGCAUGUCUUGUCUUUCAGAAGCUGCUGGAAAGAUGGUGUGUACUAAGAUAGGAAAAUUAAAUACAAAUGGUAGAGGGAGUCUCCAAACAGCAGGACUGGCAAAAAUACUGGAUCUAGGUUGUUUUUCUUUCCUCACAGUCAUCCAGUUUUUUUUUUUUUUUUUGGCUCCAAGCCUUUUAGAAGUGCUUAAAGUCAAGUAGCUAAAAAAUGGAGUCUUGAUGCUUCAAACUA